UGCACUCAGUGCAGUGUCGACCCUCCACGCGCGCACCCGUCGGUCGAAAACCCCAAAUUAGAAAUAGAAAAACGCAUUUACGAUUUCCACGCGACGUGCGAGCGAGACAACCAUACUUCACUCGUGUCAAUUUAAUAAUGAAAAGCAUUUAGUAAUUUCGUUGUGUUUACGCGCGGCCACUGAGUCCGUCAACGCGGCCUAUUUCGAGCUGUCAAAUCGUACCAUGAGUUACUGUAACCGUUGGGGAAACGGGUGUUUUUUAACCUGACCUACGACAAUUCAGUUGCGCGCGAGCGCCGCGCCGAACGCGACACGAACACGAACGAAGCCGAAUUUCAGAUGUUCGAAAUUCAAAAAGUGUAACCAAACUGCUCAAUAUUGUGAUUUAGUGCCUUACGAACCCACGUGAUGUCAUAGUGCAAAACUAGGUUAUAUGUGAACUUUAUGGACAGUGGUGCUGAACGUCCCAGGGUUGCCGCUCGAGUGCCAUGGCGGAGUGUUCGUUCGCUCGCUGCCAACAGGAACGACGCGCAAUCCGCAAAGAGCUACAGCGCUGGACCAAGAACAUGGUCUAUAUACUCGGUCUAGAACGGGUGGCAGAGGAGUUGAUGGGUCGAAGAAAAUGGAAACUCUAUCAAGACGCGAUAUUACCCAAACGCGACGGCGAACCCUCCAGCGACGAGUCCAUGCCUUCCACGGACCCCCCUCCAGCCCUGAAGAUCAAGACCAUAGAGCAGAUCAACGAAGACAAGCAAGAAGAAAAAAGGCCGGAGACCAUAUUAGAAAGACUGAUCAAGACCCCUGCUACUGUCCCAAAGGUGGAGAUGGUGGAAGAGCCGUCAGAUUGGAAACCAUCGGACAAGUGUUACUUCUGCGUGGAGGGUGAGGGUGGCGGGGAGGCGCGGCCGGGCGGCGCGGCGAGUCCGGCCUCCGAGUCAGACAGUAGUUCCGUCUCCGGCGCGAAGAGUCCGGCCGCCGCUCCCCCUCAACUGUUGCAACACCUGCUACAGAUGCAGCUGCAGGCGCAGAGUCCGCAGGCUAUUGCACAGCUGCAGCAGAUGAUCGCGACGCUGGCCGCGCUGGGCACGGGGCUGGUACCACCAGCGCUGUCGCAGGCGUGGCUGAUGCAGCGGCUAGCUCCCCGGCUCCCUGACAGGCUUCAAGAUGUAGAAAAGGCAUCAGCUCCGAGCGCCUCACCGACCUCGGCAGAACAGCCCCUGGAUCUCAGCGCCAAGUCCACCUCCAGCACGAGCGGCACGCCACCGCCUGAUGCCAAGGAUAAUGCCAGAUUGAAACGCGCAAUAAUCGAUGGCGGGGCCGGCAACAGCACCGCGCGGCGGAACUACACCGAAGAUGAGCUCCAGUCAGCCCUCCGGGACAUCCAAUCCGGCCGGCUCGGGACCCGCCGGGCAGCCGUCGUCUACGGCAUACCCCGGUCCACCCUCCGCAACAAGGUCAACAAGUUUGGACUCGCCGCGGAACCCGCCGACUCCGACCCCGACUCCGACCCUGAACGACCCGACUCGCCGCCCUCCGUCAUCCUCAAAAUACCCACAUUCCCACCCCCUGACGAUAAAAGCCCAUCACCCGCAAACCCAGCGGCACCAGUCGCCCCUAUAACUCCAAUUCUACCACCACAACCACCUAUGAAUACACCAUCUCCGCUCCUGCUGCCGGCGUCUGUCUUCGCUGAUCCGCCUUCCUCUCAACAUCUCUUCACGUCGUUGAGCGACGUUAUAGCCAAGAGUAUAAGCCAAAAGUUCCAACAGCCGCUAGAAAGGCCCCAUGAUUUUAUGAGACUACAGCAAGACAGGCACGUUUCCGUCAUCAAAACCCCACCAGACAACUCUAGAAAUUAUUCGGGUCCUAGUAACUCUCGCGCUCCCACGAACAACAACGGACAACCCGCUACGGGCAAGGGAACUAGACCUAAGAGAGGAAAAUAUAGGAACUACGAUAGGGAUAGCCUGGUAGAAGCGGUGAAGGCCGUGCAGAGAGGUGAGAUGUCGGUUCACCGCGCCGGUUCGUACUACGGCGUGCCGCAUUCAACUCUCGAAUACAAAGUCAAAGAGCGGCAUUUAAUGAGGCCGCGUAAACGCGAGCCGAAGCCGCCUCAGGACGUGAAGCCGCAGCUUCCCAAGCCGCCGCCGCCGAAGCCGAUGACCAAGCCGUUCACUAACGGUCUCAACGGGCCCGAGACGCCCGGGUAUCCGCCGAGCUACUUCUGGCCGGGAGCCGGGUUCCCGGCCCCGCCCGCGCCGGACCUUUACGCGUCGCAUAUGAUGCGUCGGCUCAGAGAAGAAGCGCCGCCGCCGGCGAACGGGAGUUUCCUGGAGGGAAUCAUAAGGUCGAGUCUGGAAAGGCCCGGUGCGGCGUUACUGCAACGGUUGACAGGGGAGCCGCGGCCGCCGGCGCCGAACUCAGACGCGCCGAGUCUCCUUCGGCGGCUAGCGGGAGGCGACGAGGAAGGUCCACCGGCGCGCCGAGCGCGCAUCGACUCCUCAGACCGACAGCUCGCCACCGAAAUGCGGGAGGCGGUCCAGCGGCUCCGAGCGGACAAGAUGCGGCCCCGCAACGGGACGCCCACGCCGCCCACGUGCGGGGCGCUGUCGCCGCCGCCGCCGCCCGCGCUGCCCGCCGCGCCGCCCGACCGCGCCUAGUAUCCGCAGUACUACCCUUUCCAGUGAUACGUGACGUGACGUAGUGGCGUCGCGUUCGCCCACGGAUUUUGAAAGACGUUCCGAUCUCCUCAGUCUUUGUGAUAAUUAUUAUGUAAAGUACAUUCCGUUGGGAGAGGAAAGCGGCCGAAGCGUAAAGGCGCGUUAGCGUGCCUCGCCGGCCGCUCGGCCCCUCCGCGCACCGGUCGGAUCUAACUCUGUGCCUGGGCCGUUAAAGUGUGCCCGUCUCAAGUUUCUACGUUACAUUAGAGUGCAAUAGACUACAUCGUAAGGACUUUCAUACGAAACUCAUUCAUUAUUUACAUGUAUACUGUUGUAGUGACAAUAACGUUAGUACAGGCUUUUCUUACAUUAGACCGACACCGGGUUUUCAUUUGUUCACACAUCUAUAGCUUUCGUAGUUCUGUUUCCGUUCCGCAACCGUCUUUAGUCCAGCUCUAUCACAUAUAUACAUCGACACAUAAUCACCAAAUAACACAAUAGUUACCUACAGACACACCCAGUUCAAUAUAUCACAGCUUUACUAUGAAAUAUCACAAUAAAUAGUUAUAGUACCACGUUCAUGCUCCACUCUUGGUGACUUACAGUGUUAUUCGCUGGGGUAAUAUAAAACUUUCGGGGAAAGACUUGUAGGAUUUCAAACGUCUUGUAAUAUAAAACUGUCGUUUUGUUAGUGACUGUUUGGCUGUAGAUAGCUUGCCGUGGGUGUUUUACGACAACGGCAAGUGCUUUUUAAAAUUUAAAUUUAUUUGAUGUCUAUGAUAUCUGUCUGGGAAACGUUCUUAGCGAUCGCCUAAGGAAUGAUAGGUUAGGAUACCACUGAAAGCCACGAAGAUAUACCUAACGAUUGUUCAAAUUCUGGCAAAUCUUUGAAGCCUCAUUUUUGACCUUGUGUUUAAGUAAAAGACAACCAAAAGUUAACGUUAUGAAAUUUAACUAUUUAAAUAAUUUUAAGUAAUAAAAACAAUGUAACAAAUUAAUUAUAAAGCUAGCCAUGAGUGUAAAUGUUAUCGAUUUUUAAGUGAACUAUUGCAGAUUUUGUGCGGUGUUUUUAUAAUUAGAUAGGUAAUAUAUUGAAUGAAAUUAUUAGCGCUAUUGGGCAGUGUGGUGGGUGCGGCUGUCCCUCACUGGCGAGGCGCGCGAGCAGCGCGUGCGAGCGGGACGCGAUGCGACGCAUGCGCAUAUUCGGGGCACGAACGGACUUAUGUGCAAUUAUUAUUUUGUAUAAAAUAGUAAUUUAAAGUGUGUCUAAGCUAACACGUGGAUUUCCAUAUUACUGAAUGUGAUAUUUAGAUAUUACGAGUGCGGUCUGGCGAGCCGUGUCAUACAUACAUAUAUACACGUACGUACAGUAAAUACAUCUAGUGAACUUAUAUAUUUUAUGUACUAUUAUUGUAUCUUAAGAAAAUAUAUUCUUAUUUUUCAUGGUCCAAGUUUUAAAUGUUUUAUCGACUAUACAAAAAUAUGGAUAAUCAUUAUUAUAUUCUUGUCGACUUUAAAAAUUAUUAGCCCAAAAAUCCUCAAAAAAAAAUGAUAUCUUCAAAUUUGUGAAAUUUUUUGGUGUUCUAUCGAAAGUAUAUUAAUGAAGUACGAGAUGAAAAAAUGUAUACGCUCUCCCAAAACUAAAAUUUAGGUAAAAACUAUUUGGAUAGAAUUAUCGUACGAUUACUUAUUGUAAGUUAUGUGUAAAUGUCGCCUCAUGGAAAUUAAGAAGUCUUUGUAUUAUGUAUGUAAUUGAAAUAUACAUAUAUUAUAUACACGUUAAAAUUAUAUGUCCUAACCUUUUUCUUCGGAGACCACGACAUGCAAAAUAGGACCUGAAUACUCUCGACAUUUCGACAUUUUUUUAAUUUCCUCUUCAUUCUGACUGUAUAGGCAUCUACAUUUACUAUUAUUCAAAUUACGGUCGAAAUAUCUAAACACAAAAUACAUAUCCCAAAUGCCGUGAUGUCGAAUGAAUUCUCAAAAGAAAAAAAAAAGAAAAAUUUUUAUAUUCAAAAUUUACUAGUCGAUAGCAUCUUUCAAUUUUAUUUACGUUCAUUUUCGAUGUCUUUUUAGUAUUUAAGAAUACGUCUAAAUUUAUUUAAUCUAUCAUGCAUUUAAUUUACUUUGUAUGAUGUUAAUCUGUCUACUUGUGACGUCACUACCAUCGCCACCCCGGACCGCAUUUCGGUUGCGUUUGAGAAAAAUUCAAAAAUCGAACAAUUUAAUUUAAAAAUACGUACCUACACCAAUCUGUGUGUUACGCCUGACAAUUGUUGAUAUAGUUUGUCAAGCAAAUCUUGUCAGUAGAAUAAGGUGGCAAAUUUAAAAAAUGUAGGCGCGAAGGGAUAUCGUCCCAUAGAAAAUUUGAAUUUCGCGCCUUUUUCUACUGACAAGAUUUGCUUGACCAACUUUAGCUUAAAAACGGUUAAAUCAUGUAAGUUGUACAGAAAUCAUAGGAUGGGACAAUUUGCAAAGAGAAUUUUAGAUUUUAAUAAACAUUCCGUUUAGAAUGUUAUUACAUUUUUUUUAAUUAUAAUAUAUGUAAAUAUUUUUUCCAUCGGGAACAAAUCAUUACGUUGUUUAAUCUUAUUUGUAACGUUAGUUAUUUUUUAAGCGGCUUUAUUUUUUAAUGACCUACAAUUAUAAUAUUAUAUUGAGAUGUUAUACAUGUUUUUUGUGCAAAGUGUUUGGGGCUUGAGGCCCAACUAAAGAGAGUUGCGACUGAUAAGUAGUAGAAACAAGUGAAGUCAGGUAUCCUGGGACAUUAACCAGGUUACCUGGGCUCGGCCUGUACAAAUGGUUUACACCGCCUUAACACUUAAAAUGUUAUACGGCAAUAAGUGUAAAUAAUAACCAAUUGUAACAACUUAUGGUACCUGUUACGUCAAAGUGGAAGCAAGCAUAGCGUGUACAUCCAAAAAUAAAGGUAUAUUUUUGACGUAAGUAAAAAGAAAGCACGAAGCAGGUUGCCAGCUUAAAAAAUGGCUGGUUUGUAAAAUUGGUUGAUUAUUUACAAUCUUGAUGAAAAUGUUACUUUUCAUUUACCAAAUUGCAUCUUUUGAAAAAAUUCAAUGAACAAGAAAAGAAAAAGAUAUAAAUGCAUUGAAAUAAAUGAAUUGUGACAUUUCUUCUUAAGAAAUGCCGGAUUUAUUAGUGAAUCAUUUUUAUUGUAUAUUGUUCAAUCAUUUUUCCACAUAGUUUAAGAAUUUUAGUUAAAUACUGUAGCGUAAUUUUUAAUUAAUAGGUAGCCGGUAGUAAUUCUUUAAUAUGUUUGUUAUUUUAUUUUUUUGUAAAUGUAAUACAAUUUGCCGUAAGGGUUAGGUUAGGUCUUGAACGGUCCUCGACUGGUCCAGGAACAAAAAAGACAAUGAAGGGAAGUUGCAUUUUUAUCUAGAAACUUAGUGAAUCUUAAAAAUUCCACGAGACAUUUUUGUGUUAUUUUAUAAAAUACAUUUUUACCACAGGUUUCCGAACGCAUGAAAUCGUCGCGUGGAUCGCUUCGUCUUUCAAUUUUUAAAUUUGACUUUUGAUUAAGCAAUUUUUAAAUUUAAAAAUGGAAGGUUUUGUAAAAUGUUGCCAGGAGUAUGAUUUCUGAGCAAGUGAGAGCAUGAUUGUUUUAUGCCUGUAUUUGUGUAGUUGACUAUUUGCCAACCAGACGGCAACCAUUUUUUGUACUGGCAAUCGCCAGUGAAACAUGUUGCUUUUGGCAACACUACGAAGUACUAAGUGUUGCUAGCCUGAUUGAGAACGGUCUACAUUGGCGCGUUUCCUCUAAUUAAAUGUAAGUUUCACCUUUAUUGUCACUAAUUGUUUUCCUUUACAACUGUAUGUAUUUCUAGAGGAUUAAUUUUAAUAAUUAUUGUAUUACUAUUACAAUAAUUGACUUAUUAUUAUUGACAUUUAGAAUUACUGAGGAAAGGUACGACAGUUAAGGUUUUGAAGUAAGCGUGGAAUGUUGACACAUUCGUUUUUUUUUUAAAUUAUGUACAACACGAAGCAUUUAAUUUUAGACAUAUUAAAUAUAAUGUUAUGUUUAUAAAAUGAGGGAUAGUGUAAAAUUGAAAUACAAUAUUAUCAUCAUGUAUUUAUAAAAAAAAGAAAACGCUUUUAACGGAGUAACAUCACACUGCUAAGGAUUUAAAAAAGAAAAUUUGCAAUGAAAAUCUUUGGAAAGUAAAGUUUUUUUUAGUGAUUACAAAAUUAUGAUUAAAAAUCAGGCAAUGGACCAAUGUAUGACAUAGAAGACGCUGUUAUUUCCUAAUAAUUGAUUGAAAGGCUCAUGUUUUUUUUAAUAAUAUAAAUAGGUACCUAAUCUGCUAAAGGAGCUAACAAGAUCAAAUUAUAAUAUUGUUAUUUAAUUAUUGAGUACAAGUUUUAAUGGAAUAUUUUUUUUUUUUUCAAUAUGCCUUACUCGCUUCUAUAUUUUUUGUUAUUUUGUUCCUUUAGUUUUAUAUAAUUAUCAUUGUUUAGUUUUCUUAACAGAAUUAAAGAAAUCAAAACGCAUUCAUACAGCGUUUCGUUUAUUUUUUUUUCACUAUACAUAUUUUAUAUUAUUUUCACUUCCUUAUUAAAGUGAUGGUUGAUCAUUUAAGAAAUAACCUCGAAUUGUUACGAAUUGGCGUUUAAAUGUGAUUGGCAUAACUUAAUUGUAUUAAAUCUAGUCAAAUUUUUAGGAAAGGGUGAGAAAAUUCGAAAAAGCAAAGCUUAAGACAAAUCGACUGACACUUUGAUAGAUAAAAAACGUCCAAAACCCGUCGCUUGGCGACGCAAAAGUUGAUUUGAAAUUGUGGAAUUGUAGAUCACGUAUAGUGGGGUUUAUUUGGAUUGGCGCUUGUUUUAACUGGCAACACUAAUGAAACACGCGCCAAUCCUCUCCGUGAAGACUAUACGGAACCAUUUCUUACGUAUACUUGUAAUUACGUAGCAUCAUUUUGAAGUGAAUUUUCCAAAUGUAAUGUCCUUUACUAUAAGAUCUUUAUAUCUUACGUUAUCUUGACGGCUGGUUAGGCAGGUGUAAGGAUGUGCGAGGAUAUUUAAAACCUGUAUACAAUAAAUUUCAUUCAUUUGUUGAA